GGCAGCGAUGCUCAGUCCCGGCUCAGGCUGGCAGCAGCGCGGGCACGGAGGGCACACGAGGCCAUGGAGGGCACGAACGGCACGGAGCCGUGGCAGCGCAGCCUGCAGGCGGUGCUGAGCGCCCUGAACCGGACCCUGCACGGGGCCCUGCCGUGCCCGGGGCAGCCCCCGGCCGGCGCGGUGCCCCGGGACCCGCGGCGCAACGCCAACGCCUACAUGUACAUCCUGUUCGUCAUGACGCUCUUCGCCGCCACCGUGGGCAGCCUCAUCCUGGGCUACACCCGCUCCCGCCGCGUGGACAAGCGCAGCGACCCCUACCACGUCUACAUCAAGAACAGGGUCUCCAUGAUCUGAGCCCGGAGCCGCCGGGCUCGGGCUCGCCGCGCCGGGCACGCCCCGCUCGCCGCGGCAUGCGGCGGGGCUGCUGGAACCCCCCCAAAACUGCUGGGAACACCUUGGAGCUGCUGGGACCCCCCAAAGCUGCUGGGAACACCUUGGAGCUGCUGGAACCCCCCAAAGCUGCUGGAACCCCAUGGAGCUGCUGGGAUCUCCAUAAAACUGCCGAGAACCCCCCAAAGAUGCUGGGAGCCCCCCAGAGCUGGAAGAACACGACCUGCAAGCAGGGCCUGGUGCUGCAGCCCCACCUGGGCUCCAGCGUGGCCAUGGGGCUGGCAGGGCUGCUCCUGUCCCACCCUGGGCUGGCAGGAUCCUCCAAGGAGAACAUUUCCCCCUUUCCCUGCCCAGACCAGCCCUCCCCGGGCUCCCAGCAGUGCGGCAGUGGCCAGGGGUGUUCCUGGCGCUGAAUCCCUAGUAGCAAAUCCCGGCGGUGUCCGAGCUGCAGGGAAUUAAAGGAGCU